UCUCGUUGCCUCAAAUUCAGUUCAUUUCUAACGCGACUUGAAGCCGGUUUUUGCGAUUAAAUUGUGUACAUUUUUGAUUUCGUGGAAAUUUUGUUUGUUAUUCAAAAUGCGUUUCGCUCUGUUUGCUUUUCUAGCUUUGUGCCUGUUGGCAUUUGUGGUGGCUUCUCCGGCCAAGGACAGCAAGAAGCCGGCAGUCGACAGUUGCAGAAAAUCUUGCGGCGAUGAUUACGAUCCCAUUUGCGCUAAGGCCAAGAAUAGCAGCAAGGAGAAACUGAUCACCUUUGGUAGCCCUUGCGUUAUGUCCAACUACAACUGCCAGCACGCCGACGAUCCAUACGAGCAGAAGUCCAAGGGCGAGUGCGGUGGCGGAGUGAGCGUUCGUCUCUCUUAAAUACAGAGUGCAGUCUAAUAUCAACGCGUAUUUAUAAUUGAACAAAUUUUACUAAUGGUGCAAUAAAGUGUUUACGUAAUUUUUAUUCCAA